ACACGCACACACGGAGGCUGCGGACAUGGAUCGCUGAGAGCACGGUUCCGACACAAGAGCGCUGUCAUCAAGCUGUUAUUCAUCCCUGCAUCAUGGAGGCUCAGCCUGGUGCUCGUGGGAGCUCAUCAACUGUGUGACAGUUAAAAUAUAUGAGGACUGAGAGGUCGUCAUGGAGACUGACAGCUACGCCUCAGGCUCAGCCACCACUGACUGGGUUGGGACAGUGGGCGGCCUGGAGGCAAUCGGAGUCCUUCAAGAGCAGGGAGGAGGGGGUUUGUCCGGUAGCCCCGCAUCCUGGUACAUGCCGUACUCACUGGGCUUCCAGGUGUCGUUCACAGCCUUCCUCAUGCUGGAGCUGGUGUUGGGCUUCAGCAGCAACCUGACAGUGCUGGUGCUCUACUGCUCUCAAUCCAAUUUAGUGGACUCGGUGAGCAAUAUGGUGACUGUCAAUCUGCACGUGCUGGAUGUGGUGGUGUGUGUGCUGUGUCUGCCCCUCACUCUUGUGGUCGUGCUGCUGCCUCCGGGACCAAACCUGGCCCUACUCUGCUGCUUCCAUGAAGCCUGUGUCACCUUUGCCAGCAUCGCCACAUCCAUCAACAUCCUGGUUAUCAGCUUGGACCGAUAUGACAUUUCAGUACGGCCCGCCAACAGGCUGCUGACAACGCAGAGAGCAGCUCUGCUCCUGGCUGCUGUCUGGGUCACAUCAGUAGCUGUGUUUUUUAUCCCAUUCUUGGAGGUGCAGUGGUCCAGUGGAGAGGGAUCAGAGGAGAAAGGGCAGGGGGCACCCUUGUCUUUGUCCUCACAUGGCAUCAGUGCCACAGUGGUACCAGCAUGGCGCAACCGGACACUGCUGUGUGUUGGCGGGCAGGGCUAUCACAUAGGCAUGGGUAUGUAUUAUCAUCUUAUCCUGCAGGUACCCAUCUUCUUCACCACAGUGGCAGUCAUGCUGUUCACCUACUCCAGAAUACUGAGGGCUUUAAACAUCCGGAUUGGCUCCCACAUGAAGAAGAGCCAGCGUUUCAGGGGCCCCUCCUGCAGCAGGCGCCAUAAGAGACAGAAAAAAAAGAAAGCAGGGCUCACAGUGAUCGAUGGUGGGGAGGUAGGAGGGGAGCAGUGCACCACAGAUGGUACCAAACACGUCAGCCACCCUCCCCUCAUUCCUUCCCCAUCCCCUACCCCCACAGCUACCUCUCCCCCUGCCCUGUCCUCAUCUGCCCCGCUGGUCACCUCUGACGUGGGUGCGGCCACCCCGAUGCCAGCCACCAUGGGUGUUCAGGCCUCCGUGUCAGCCAUCAUUGCCUUGCGGAGGGCAGUGCGGCGACACAGGGAUCGGCGAGAGCGCCAGAGGCGGGUGUUCAGGAUGUCCCUCAUCAUCAUCACCACCUUCCUGGGUUGUUGGGCUCCCCUCUCCGUGACCAAUGUGCUAAUCCUUGGCAUUGGCCCCAGUGAUGCCCUAAUCAGCCUGCGCCUCUGGUUCCUAGCCCUAGCUUACGGCACCACUGUCUCCCAUCCUCUGCUCUAUGCUUUCACCCGACAGAAGCUGCGCCGUGCCCUUCGCGCCAAGGUUAAAAAGAGGGUGGUGUCCCUUCUCCAAGUAGACCCUUCGCCAGGCGGCACUGUCAUACACAACUCCUGGGUGGAAAACAGAAAAACCUGCCGGCAGGUGCGGCUGGAAGCAAGCGAAGGUACUGACCGUUGCCUGGCAGAGGCCCUCUGAGACUGGCUCUGCUUACUACUGUAAGUUGUUUCAUUAGGAAACUCACUGGUGCGUGAGGCCGUUGUAAGAAAUGUGAAAAACACAUUUCCACCUCUGGGAGAUGUUUUAAUAUAACCACCAGCAGCAAGCCCGUGCUAAACACAGCUAUCUUUCACCUUGGGCAGCAGUGGAAGCAGGAUGCUGUCGUCACUGUAGUGAGCACAGCCUUUCCAGCUGAAGAAAUUCAUACAACAAAAAACACACAAGUGUAUAUAAUUUGCACUCUGUCAAAUACUGAAGUCAGUUUACAUAUGGAAUUGUAUGAUGAUGAUCCAAAGAAUGUGUUAAGUUAGCAGAUGAUUCGAUCUGCCUCACGCUCAAAGGCUCAAAGGCAGCUUUAAAAAAUGUUGAUUCACGUCGAAAACAAAAAUACUCAAAAAUUUUGAAUGUAUUUAAUAUUGUCUCUGCCUUAAUUCUGCUCUGAAAAUUUGGCUGGAUGGUAAGCUGUGCAUUCUGAAGACACAGUGACUUUCACAUGAAAUAUGAGGAUUAGAUGUAAAUGUGUGUGAAUGUAGGGGGGUCAGUCCACAGAGAGCAGGUGAGGUACAAGUCUGAGUGUGAAAUAUUAAAUGCAGUUUUAACUAUCUUUGGUUACUACCUUCAAAUGUAACAGUGUUUGUAUAAAAUCUUGCAAAGCUCCUUGAUAUAAAUGCAACUCUUUUGCUCCCCAAAUAGUAUCAAAUAGUGUAAUAUCUUGUUGGUGUUUUGCUGCAGGGAGAAGGUAAGCACAUUAUUCAAAAUAAUAAUUUAGUAUUUUGGAAAAUACGCUGAUUUGCUUUCUUACAAAAUGUCUAUCAAGUGACUUUAAACAGUAAAGAAGAAAUUUAUCUUAUGUGCUAUCAGGUGUUAAAAGAAUUAUGGGUGUUCAAUUGGCUGAAGUGGCUAGUACAGAUGAUACUGAAAAAUGGACAGGUGAUGGACAAAAUUAAAGGAAAAAUUUGGAUAUAAUGCAGUCCAGUACAUCACCGAAAACUGCAAUCUCAAAAAUAACUGUCAAGUUCAGUCAACACCUCUCUGACACAUUUCUCAAAAAAAACCAAACGGAUACUUAAAGCUUCAAUGGUAUUUAUUGCAGGUUUAUUGUUUUUCGAUUGCAUUAUAUUUAAGGUGUCUCCAUGGCUCGGUUUUUGCAUGCUAAAAGCAUGCUUUUUUUUUUUAAAAUAACAUUCAUGUACAUGAUGUAAAUAUUGAUCAGAUUUGAAUUUGCUACAUGUACAGUACAAGUCACUUGGUCUGUUUGUGAUUAUAGUCUGGCUUUUUUAGAUUAGAGGAGCUGGAUUCUCUUUGUCAGCACUCAGGCAUCUGGUCCCUUGGGUCCACUCGACCUUAGUGUCCAGCAAACACAAGGGAGUAACUGUCACUACAACCAAGCAGCGACAGGUUGGUGAGAGUAUUAAUAGGACUAGUGUUUGCUGUUGACUUUGUUGUACCUGCUCAUGUGUUUACUGCUCUAAAGCUGUACUCACAAUGGGGUUCAGUUCAGAGGCCAUGUGAUUUCGUUCACACAC